AUGAAGGUCACCGUUCACCGUCGUCUUCUAUCGCUAGUAACGUUCACAUUCUUGAUCGGGUCCGCGAGAGCCGUUUCGGCCCCGCAGGUGUGGCCACCUACGCAGCACCAGAGAUCUCAGCCGGAGGGCUUCCAGGUGCCGACCACCGCCGGGCUCAUCAUCGGCGAGGGCACCGACCAGCCCGCACUUCGCGUGGCGCAAGACGUACUCAAGGACGCCGAUGUACACGCGCGGGGCAGCGUCGGGCAGCCGGUCGUCCUCGCUGGCUGUGAUGAAGCAUCGGCGGCCCGCUCUGACGGGCUGAAUCCCGAGAAGUACGUAUUAGGUAUCGGCCGCGACGCGCACAGGCAAGCAGUCGUUGUGCUCUCCGGUCGCGAUCAGGACGGCACAUUCUACGCCGGGCAGUCGCUCCGGCAACUCGUCAUGGAGCGCGCUGGCAGGUCCUGGCUGCCCGGCGCCAUGGAGCCAUUCCUCAACCGCACCGUGGAGGUCAGCGAUAAGUGGCUGGGGCUCCGCGGGGUCGUCAGCGGCUCGUCGGACACUUUUAUAUAG